AAUACAGCCUACCUAUUAUUUGUGCAUCGUGGUUUCGUCAGUGGAGCGUUGUGCGCGUGCCUUUCCACUCAAAAGGCAUGUUUUUACUAGAUCGCUUGUGUUUGCCGAUACAUUUCGUCGCAUGAAUUGCGGACUAUGUAGUGAUCAAACCGUAGCGUUUUUCCAGGGAACCACAACAGUAGGUCUUGUGUCAUUUGCUGCAGCCGGGAGUUGUGCCCCUCACCUCAUCAAAGCCGAAUCCGUCAUGACCUCUCUCCGCGCUUCCCAAAUACGCUAAAUGGGAUUUGUGGUCUGGCCGAGGUUCAACAGCAGCUGGAUAUCCGUUUCCAUUAUUUCUCUAAUGAGGACAGCGAUUAGAAUUUAAUUGAACAUCUCGUUCGCGCGUCUGUGAUUUAAGAAUCAAUCUCAGGACGCAUUAAAAGGUCCGCGCACAUGGGGGCGGGCAAGAGCAAGCCCAAGGAGCCCGGCCAGCGCUCCAUGAGCCUGGACGGGACCAUCGGCACCGGCUCGGACAGCGGACACUUCCACCACCUGGGGCCCGCCCAGCAGACCCAGACCCCCAACCGGAGCCCCGCGGCAGGGACGGGCCGGCGGGAGCACCGGGGGCAGCACCAGCACGCGCCCUCAAACACCCCGGAGCUGGCGCUGUUCGGAGGCGUGGACCACACGGGCACGCUCACCUCGCCCCAGAGGGGCCCGCUGUCAGGCGGUGUCACUACAUUCGUGGCCCUGUAUGACUACGAGUCACGGACGGCCUCCGACCUGACCUUCAAGAAGGGGGACAGGCUGCAGAUCGUCAACAACACGAGAAAGUACAGCUUCAGGGAAGGGGACUGGUGGCUGGCUCGCUCCCUGACGACCGGAGAGAGCGGGUACAUCCCCAGCAACUACGUGGCCCCAUCCGACUCCAUCCAAGCAGAAGAGUGGUAUUUUGGGAAGAUCACUCGGAGAGACUCUGAGAGGCUCCUGUUGAGCUUGCAGAACAGACGGGGAACGUUCUUGGUACGCGAGAGCGAGACCACCAAAGGUAAGGAGGAGGAGGUGGAGGGGGAAAACAGAUCUAAGUGAGGCGGCCAUAGUUUUGAAUCCGACAGUGUUUUGAAAGAGGUUUAGAAAGGUUCUUCCACAACUCAAUGAUUGCUACCCUGUGGAUUCAUAAAGUAUGAUUAAUCAUUACAAAACAUACAUUUUUGAUUAAAGAUAGGCCAUUAUAUCUCAAAUUAACCAAAUUUACUGCAAAACUGAAGAAAUUAGGUUGGUUUGAAGUAAUAUAUAUAUAUAUUUAUAUCCCUUUGUACCAGCCAUGCUGCUGCCAUUCCAAACUGUCUCUCACACACACACACACAGACACACGCCACACUGUGGGAUACUGUAGGAAAUCCACAUCCCAUAUGUCCCCACGCAGCAUAGCCAAACAACAGGUGACUGUAUUA